AUGCUUAAUUUGGGUAGGAAUAAACUAAAGGGCAACAUUCCUGCGGAGUUUGCAUCGUUGAAUAAGCUUGAGGAGAUGCACGUUUUCUUCAACAAUUUGUCCGGAGAGAUCCCAUCUUGUUUUGGCAACUUUUCUUCGAUUCGAUUGAUCAGCCUAAUAGCAAAUAAUUUCCAUGGAACCAUGCCAGAUUUUCUUGGAAAACUAGGAAAUUUAGAGAUUCUUGAACUUACCCAAAAUAAUCUCUCUGGAGCCAUCCCUGCAUUAGUUUUCAAUUUGUCAUCAUUGCGCAAUCUUGAGUUGUCACUGAAUCAACUUGAGGGACCCAUUCCAUCAAGCAUGGGCUUCACACUUCCAAAACUAGAGGUUUUUAAUCUGGGGGCAAAUCAAUUAACUGGAGUGCUUCCUGCAUCAGUAUCAAACCUGACAAAUCUUCAACUUUUUGCUGUUGACACCAACAAUUUCAGCGGAGAGGUCCCUAGCUUUGGAAGUUCCCAAAAUUUGUAUUGGCUAGGUCUUGGUGAAAAUUGUCUUGGAAAUGGAAAGUUAGAUGGCUUGCUUUUCAUGUCUUUCUCGCAAAAUUGUUCCGCCCUGCAACUUCUCCAGAUCGAUGACAAUCAAUUUGGAGGAGUUAUUCCGCGAUACUUUGGCUAUAUGUCCAGCCUUUUGUACUUAACCAUGUCAAGACAUCUCAUCCAUGGAAUCAUUCCUGUAGAGAUAUCGCAACUUCGCAGCUUGCAGGAACUCUCGUUGCAGCAAAAUCAUCUCACUGGGGAAAUUCCUGAUUCUAUUGGAGAAUUUGAGCUGCUAAAUGAGUUGCACCUCAAUGAGAACCAAUUGUCAGGGAAGAUCCCAUCUUGUAUUGGAAAUUUGACAAUGCUGACUAAACUCAGCCUUGGGGCAAAUAAUUUGCAUGGUUCUAUACAUCCAGUCUCGGAAAGAUCAAGCUUCCUCCUAAAGGGGAGAGGUUUUCCGUAUAUUUGGUCUAAAGCUUCUAGAGCACCGGUUUCCAAGUUACCAAAAUGCCCCAAAAAUAAUCCAAGUUCUGGAAAAUCAUCUCGAAUGAUGAUUUUGAUCAUAGCAUUAGUUGUUGGAGGCAUCGUGGGCAUCAUAGCAGUGGCAAUCCUUCAUUGGCGGUAUAAUAAAAAAAGAAAGCAAAGGGUUGCUGAUAAUCAGGGUUCGACAGUUAUGGAUGCAGUAAUCCCCAGAGUGACUUACCAACGCCUUCAGAAAGCAACGAAUGGCUUCUCUCUGGAGAAUUCGAUUGGUUGGGGGAACUUUAGCUCUGUAUACAAAGGCAUUUUAGAUGAAUCAGUUGAUGGAAUUAAGCAGAUUGCUGUAAAGAGUCCAGCUCAUGUGGAUGAGAAAAAGCAGGAAUUAGUGAAAGAUGUUCACUGUUUGGCUAAACUUAGAGUUUCCCUCGUAUACUUUAAGGAUGGUGCUGUAUUUGUUCAGGAGGUGGCAAAGUCAUCCCUGGGUGGUGAGGUAAAGAAGAAGCAAGUGUUAGAUCCUAUCUCAAUAAGGAUCAAGGGUGAAGUAGAUGGGCAGAAAGUAAUAGCUUUUGAGAUUAGUGGUAAUGGAUUGUGGUAUGCAAUUUUCAUGUCACUUUUGGCAGUUGUUCCAGAAAGGUUUAGGGACCAAGUGGUGAUAGAGGCUGCAUGUGAUAGAGAGGGGAGGGCGGCUCCGAUUUAUUGGAGGUUGCCGGUUGCAUGGCUAGCAACGCUUGAUGGUUGUUGGUGGUUGCGUCGCUGGUUUGUUUUGUUCUAUGAGGGCGAUUCGCUAGCUAUGGUUGGUUUGAUAGCGAAGGGGCCAUUUGGUCGAACCCCCGCCGGGAAGUGA